UUUGGGUUUUGAGUUCAAACCGAAGAGUGAAACACAGAGAAGGCUUCAUUUAGCUGUGAAUUUUUGCACCAGAAAGGCUUUCUCUCUUUUCCAUGCGAACUUCACUGGAUUUCUCUCUCAAGGGAUUUAGGAUUCUCUGUAAAUCUUCGUUUAUAAUGGCUCCGAUUUGCUGAAUUCGCUCUUGAACUGGACUCGGGAGGUGCUGUUUUCAGGGAUUCGAUCAGAAUUUCGACUCGCUUUAAUUUCUGAAGUUUCUGUUUCUUCAUCUAAGGCCAUCAAAGGCGUCGAAAAAACUUUUCUGCUAUAUUUUGUUAGUUUGAUCCAUUUCGGUCCAAUGACGGAGGAGACGAGCGAGCGUACUGGAGAUUCUCAGGCUUCUAAGAUUGAAAUUGAGGAAAAGAUCUCUUCGAAUUUGAGUCCUUGCGAAGAUCUGGGGAAGGUCGAUGGCGAUUGCAAUGGCAUUGUGCAUGAUUGUGUAGAGGCGAUUGAUGGAUAUGUGAAGGAAGACGGUGACGGUUCUUGUGUUUUUGUCGGUGGGCGAGAUGCGGUCUCUGACGAUCUUGUAGAAAAGGAUCUCGAUGUCGAUGCAGAGUGUGUGGUAGAUCCUGGUAAAACCAUCGAGACAGUGCCCGCCGUUGAGGGAGAAAUCGUCUCCGAACCCAAUGUUGAUUCUCAAAGUGGAGAGAAACAGGUCGAAGUCGGGGAAUUGAGUAUUGAUAAGGUAGGCCACGAUCAAUUUCCCGUAGAGAACGGUUGCAAUAUUGACGAGAGUGUAGUUUCCUCUUCAAGCAAUGGUGCCGCAUUAGAGAGUUCGCAUUCCCAACCAAAAGGAAGCGAAGCGGAGAAGAAUGAUCCAGCUGAUGAACAGAACAAAACAGCUCUAGCUCCGGAUAUAGAAGGUAAUCAGGAAUCUAUAGUCACGACCAUAGAGGCUACUGAAUCGGAAGUAACUCUGCUUGAUCGUGAUGAGGUGAAGGAAAAUGUGACAGUUCCUUUGGCAGAGAUAGAAUCCUAUGAGGCGGGAGUGAGUCAGCAAUCAACUACAGUAAAGAAGGAUGUUGAGUGUGAACUACAACAGCCUGAUAAUGACGAGAAGAAAACAGUUCUAGGUCCGGAUGUAGAGGGUAAUCAGGAAUCUGAAAUCACAACCACCGAGGCUGCUGAAUUGGAAGUACCUCUGCUUGAUCGUGAUGAGGUGAAGGAUAAUGUGACACAAUCCAAUGAGGUGGAAAGGAGUCUGGAAUCAACUAAAGUGAAGGAGGAUGUUGAAUGUGAACUACAACUGCUUGAUAAUGAAGAGAAGGUCAUGGAAUUUGACGGUGUGAAGGAGACUGAGGAGCAAAGUAAACCAGAUUCAGCAACAGAGGUAAAAGAAAACCAGGAAUCUGAAAAUAUGGUUAAGGACUCUUCUGAAUCCAAGAGGCAUCAGCUCCAAGACGGGGAGAAGGAAGGAGGGGAGCCAAGGACAUUAGACUUGGCAAUAAGAGAAGAAAAUCAAGAAUCUCAAGUCACAGAUAUGAAGGAUGUGGAGUUAGAAUUAGGUCAGCUUGACAAUAGAGAGGUGACAGACACAGAAGACGAUCCUUCAGGGGGCAUCAGGUUGGAAGCUUCAACUAGUCCUGUAACUACACAGUUAGAAGCAGAAGCUCUUGAUGGCUCCAUUGAAAGUGGAACGAGCUUGCCCAGUGGUCCAGUUGCUUCAGAAACUGAAGUGAUUAAUGAUUUGGGAUUAGGUAAUGGAAACAUGAUGUAUACUGUGGAUAUUAAACAGGAAUCUGAGAAUGUAGAUGGUCCUGUGGAAAAUCCUGCAAGCUUGCCUCACUUGGUUGAUGAGGUGGUACAAGAAACUGAACUCGGAAACAUAUCCGUUAAAGGUGGUGAAAGCUUUCCUUCUGAACAGGUAGAUAAUAUGAUAUGUGAAGCUGAAGUUAGAAAUCCUUGUGUUGAAAUCAGUGAAAGCUUACCUCUUGAGGGUUCCAACAAUGUGGAAACUGUAGUUGCAAAUGGCUCCAUUGAUGGAGUUGAAAGCAGACAUACUUGCAUUGCUGGCAAUGGGAAAUCAGAAAAUGAGAUCUGCAAUGGUUCAGUUGAAGGUGAUAUUGCUAUACCUACUUGUCCUGCUGAGAAUUUGGAGAUACAAUCUGAAGCUAUGAAUGGUUCUACUGCAAAUGCCAGAAGUCUGCCUAGUUGCUCUGUUGUUGGUGUUGAGGUAGAAUCUGAAGGCUUGAAUUGUUCUAUCAAGAAUGGGAGUAGCAUGCCUACUUGUCAUGUUGCUGAUGUGGAACAAGAACCUGAAGCUGGAAAUGAAUCUGGUGCAAGUGAAAAUGCUCCUUCUGGCGAUGUGGUGAAUAUAGGAGCCAUUGUCCAAGAUGGCUCAGUUCAAAAUGGUGGCACAGCAGCUCAUAGCAUCAAUGAUGUCAUAGAUGUUGAAAAUGAAGGAACACAGUCAACUAGUGGAGGUGGUGAUGGUAAACCAAUCUGUCAAGAAGUUGACACUGAAGGGAUUCAAAGGGAUGAGGGCCUACAAUCUUCACCUGGGACUGAGGGCUCCACUGAUAAUGUUGUGGAUGAACCGAAGGUGGACACAGAGGUGGUCAAAAAUCCAUACCAUUUCUUGAUCAAAAUUCCAAGAUAUGUCGACGAUAAACAUAAAGAACAGAUUAGACUUGCUCAGCUACAGGUUGAAGAGAAGACUCAGAGCCGGGAUGCUAUGAGAGCUACAAUUCAAAUGAAAAGGGUAACUUGUAAUGAGUAUCGUGAUAAAUUUGAAGCUGCCAGAUCAGAAGAAAGAACGGCUCGUGAUGCAUUCAGUGCCAAACGUCAGGAAAUAGAUUCUGUCCAAUCAGCAAUUUCUAUUGACGAUAUUGAAGACAGGAUAAAUAAUAUGGAACAUAGGAUACAACAUGAAACUAUGCCUUUGAAAGAAGAAAAACAACUCAUACGUGAAAUCAAGCAAAUUAAGAUUCUUCGUGAACAACUGUCUUCUCAUAUGGGCAGACAGGAUGAACAUCAGCAGGCAUCAGACCAAAGAGACAAUCAUGGGGAGCGUUUUAAGCUUCUGAAGCAGGAGUUAGAUUCCCUAAGAAAAAAGGUUUCGCAAACUGAAGGGAUAACAAAGGCUGCAAAGGAAAAAUAUUUUGAGGAAAAUGAAAAGUUAAGAAAAUUGCAAUCUCAAUUUAAAGCUGCAGAUGAUCUUCGUCAAGAAGCGUAUGCACAUUUACAGAAUCUCAGGAAAACAUUUUAUGAGAAGAAUCAUUAUUUUCGAAAGUACAAGGAUGAACAAAGGGUUGCCAAUGAUUAUGCAUCUUCCGGAGAUAGGGAAGCUCUGCAACAUCUGUGUAAUAACCAGGUGGAGACAGUAAUGGAGCAGUGGAACAAGAAUGAUGAGUUUAGAAAAGAAUACAUCAGAUUAAACACAAUGAGUACUUUAAGGAGGUUGACAACAUUGGAUGGUCGAUCUCUUGGCCCUGACGAGGAGCCUCCUGUCAUACGCCUUGUGGACGAAAGAGUUGAUAAUGUUCUUCCAGCCUCAUCGCAGAUAGAUUCUGCAUUAGUCGUUUCACCUUCAGAACCAGUAAAAUCAUUUGUCCUCAGAGGAGCUGAAAAGGGAGAUGUCAAGUCUGUGGUGAGGGUGCAACAGGAGAAUGCAACUGCUAAGUCAAAGAAGGCCUCUAAACCAACUGCUUUGGAAAAUGGUUCAGCGACUUCUUCUGGCAGGGAAGAGAAAGAUGAGGUGGAAGAAGAGAAUAAGAAAUCAAAAGAGGAAGAGGAAUUGGUGAGGAAAGCAGAGGAGUUGAGAAAGGAAGAAGCUGCAGCCAGACUGAAGGAGCAGCGUCGUCUAGAGGAGAAGGUCAAAGCCAAAGAGGCAGAGGAGAGGAAGAAACGGAAUGCAGAGAAGGCCCAAGCAAGGGCAGAAUUGAGAGCACAGAGGGAAGCCGAGCUCAAAGAGAAGGAAAGAGAGAAAAGGGCAAAAAAGAAGGAAAGGAAGAAGGCUGCUGGAGCUGUAGAUGUUAGCACUGAAGGAGAAUCUGCUCCGACCACUGAAAACGCUUCAUCUGAUACUACUGCCCCUAAAUCCGAAAUCAAGGAGAAGACUCUACCAGUGGUGAAUAGGCCUCAGAAACCAUCAACACUAGCAAAACAGAGUAAGACAAAGCCUCUCCCUCCACCUCUUCGCAACAGAAGUAAAAGAAGAAUGCAAACAUGGAUGUGGUUUCUUAUAGCAACACUGCUUGUUCUUGCGUUGUUCUUCUUGGGAAGCAUUGGCUUUUCUUUUAAAUUUGGACUGCCAAGCAUUGGCAUAUGAAUAUACCAAUCAACCUAUAAAAUAGCACUAGAUUGGGCAUUGAUUGUGGUUUACCCAUAGAAACUUGAGCAUUCUUUUGUGCUCUAGACCUUUUCGAGUCUCUCUUGACCUCCCCCUCCACCAUUCUCUAUAAUCUGUUAUCAGAAAGGCCACUUCUUUUUUCUCUUCUUUUUUUCCUAUAUUCUGUGGGGUGAUUGGUUCUGUUAUUUGCUAUCAACAAAAAUAAUUGAUUUUGGGUGUUGUUUGGUGCAAUAUAAGGAAAUAAGAAGAGUAAUUUGUUA